UCAGGAAGCAGAGGUGCAGGUGCCUGCCUGCCUAUGGAGCAAGGCAUGGUUGAAGAGUACCUGAUUUUGGUAGAGUGACUUUUAUUCACUAAAACCAUGUGUCUGAACUGAAGAAGCUGGGGAUCAUUUCCACAAAUGUUUGACUUAUUUUCCUCCAGACCGAAGUUACAGCAAAAAGUUUAUGAUCAAGGCACAUUGCUAAAAACUAAUCUACUUGACAUCAUGAAAAUCCAUCAGAGAUGGAAAAAUGUUAAUCAGUGAAAGAAAACAUUUUUGGUCAGGAGGAAUUACAUGAAGUAGGUCUGAAGGAAAUUUGGCUGACAUGGAAACUGGAAAACUCUCAGAAAGUUGCAAUAUUACAGGAUGCCAGGACCCAGGCUUGCUUCAAAAUUGGCCGGAUGCUUUCACCCUUCAUGAUGAUAAUGCUUCCAAAGUUACAAAUCCAUUCUGGAGUGAACUGUCUGCUUCUAAUCCAUUUUUGGAUGAUAUAUCUCAGCAAAGAAAUAAUGGAAAGAGAAAUAAUAUUUCCAUCUUAAAGGAAGAUCCUUUUCUUUUCUUCAGAGAAAUAGAAAAUGAAAAUUCUUUUGAUUCCUCAGGUGAUGAACUUGAUGUGCAUCACUUAUUUAGGAAGUCUUCCUCAAGAAAAUCUGGACGAUCUAAAAGUGUUUCAGAACUUCUGGACAUUUUAGACGAUACAGCAUAUGUCCAUCAGAAUAUACAUAACUCUGACCAGAUCCUACUACAAGACUUAGAAUGGCUUAAAAAUGACCGAGAAGCUUAUAAAAUGGCUUGGUUAAGUCAACGCCAGCUGGCCCGCUCCUGCCUUGAUUUGAAUACAAUUAGUCAGAGCCCUGGAUGGGCCCAAACACAACUUGCCGAGAUCACCGUAGCUUGUAAAGUAAACCAUCAAGGAGGGUCGAUACAACUACCUGAAUCAGACAUCACUGUUCAUGUGCCCCAAGGUCAUGUGGCUGUGGGAGAAUUCCAAGAAGUGUCUCUAAGGGCUUUCCUUGAUCCGCCACACAUGCUUAACCAUGAUCUUUCAUGCACUGUGAGUCCACUGUUGGAAAUCAUGUUAGGCAACCUCAAUACAAUGGAAGCCCUUUUGCUGGAGAUGAAAACUGGGGCUCAAGUGAGAAAGGAUCCUUUCAGCCAAGUCAUGACCGAAAUGGUUUGCUUACAUAGCUUGGAUAAAGAAGGCCCUUUUAAAGUGUUAAGCAACUGCUACAUUUACAAAGAUACUAUCCAAGUCAAGCUAAUAGACUUGAGCCCGGUGAUGUAUCUAGUGGUUGCUGCACAAGCUAAACCUCUUCAGUCACCAGCUGCCACCAUUUGGGAUUAUAUCCACAAAACCACCUCAAUUGGAAUUUAUGGACCCAAAUAUAUCCAUCCCAGUUUUACUGUUGUUUUCACAGUUUGUGGACACAAUUAUAUGCCAGGAAAGCUUACAAUUUCUGAUAUUAAGCAGGGUGGAAAAAACGUAUCUCCAGUUGUAUUGCAGCUCUGGGGGAAACAUUCAUUUUUACUUGACAAGCCACAAGAUUUAAGUAUUUCUGUUUUUUCCUGUGAUCCUGAUUUUAAAGUAAAGACAGAAAGAGAAAGAAAAGAAAUUAAACAGAAGCAGUUGGAAGCAGGUGAAGUAGUUCGUCAACAAUUUUUAUUUUCUUUAGCUGAGCACGGAGAAAUGCACUUGUUUGUUUUUUGUGUUCAGGUGGAGUCUCUCAAUGGUGAAACAGUUGCACAGUUCUCUGUCACUACCCCUGAUCCGGCCAGAAACCUAAAAAGGCUCUCUAAUCUGCCAGGCUAUUUGGAGAAGAAGGAGGAAAUCAAGUCUGCUCCUUUAUUACCAAAAAUGCUUGUUAAAUAUCCCACAUUUCAAGAUAAAACAUUGACCUUUACCAACUAUGGGGUAACCCUGAAAGCCGUGCUAAGACAAAGCAAGAUUGAUUACUUACUAGAAUAUUUCAAAGGGGACACAAUAGCUCUCCUCGGGGAAGGGAAGGUAAAAGCUCUUGGGCAGUCCAAAGUGAAAGAAUGGUAUGUGGGAGUCCUCAGAGGUAAGAUUGGACUUGUACACUGCAAAAAUGUCAAGGUGAUUCCAAGGGAGCAAGUAAUGCUUAUAUCAGAUGGUGUCUUUACAACCAGAAAUCUUCUCGAACAAAUUGCCCUGCCUUUAAAAAAACUGACUUAUAUCUAUUCAAUUGUAUUGACCUUGGUGUCAGAAAAAGUUUACGACUGGAAAGUUUUAGCUGAUGUCCUGGGUUACACGCAUCUGUCACUGGAAGAUUUUGAUCAAAUCCAAGUAGACAAAGAAUCAGAAAAAGUUUCUUAUGUUAUAAAGAAGUUAAAGGAAGAUUGCCACACAGAUAGAAAUAUGAGGAAAUUUCUGCAUGAACUUAUUGUGGCUCUUCUGAAAAUGGAUUGCCAAGGAGUAGCAGCACGUCUCACCCAAGAAGCUGCUGUUCUGACUUCAGCUGUCAAGCUUGGAAAAGGCUGGAGGGAACUAGCUGAAAAGUUAGCACGACUCACAAAGCAACAAAUAGAGGCAUAUGAAAUUCCUCAUCGAGGAAAUGCUGGAGACGUUGCUGUUGAGAUGAUGUGGAAACCUGCGUAUGAUUUCCUCUAUACCUGGAGUGCUCACUAUGGAAAUAACUACAGAGACAUGUUACAAGACCUUCAAUCAGCUUUGGACAGAAUGAAAAACCCUGUGACCAAACACUGGAGAGAAUUAACUGGAGCUUUAAUACUAGUAAAUUCCUUAGAGGUUUUGAGAGUAACCGCAUUCUCCACUUCUGAGAAAGUAUAGAAAUAAAGGGUGUGUUUCUGAUGGGAGGGGAAAUGGUGAGGUGAAAAUGGGGCAAUGCUCUGUGUGUGUGUGUGUGUGUGUGUGUGUGUGUGUAUGUAUGUGUGUAUGUGUGUCUAAGAAAGAAAGAAUCUCAGAAAAAGCCUUAUAUUAAUUUUCUUCAUGUUCAAAAACAACUUUUUUCUGAUGAAAGCACGGCCUAAUAUGAUAACCAAGACGAGUUUUAUCUUCAAAUAUGUAUUUUUGUGUAUGUUUCAAAUACAAAUAUUAGGUUGCUUUGUUCUUAUAAAGGAAAGAAAAAAGAAAAAUGCCCUCUAUUUCAAUGUUAUUUUUAAUUUCCUAAGUUAAAGCUGUUAGAAUAAUUACAUCACACAGAUACCUGGAUAAACUGGAGGCUAUCAACAUGAACCCGGCAGUGUUCCCAGGAAGCAGGUAGAAAGAAGAGAAACAAGCACACACCCAGUGGCCAGUCACGGCUGCAUGCUUUCCAAACCUGCCCUCCUCAAUUCAUCGGCAGGGAUAGCAAGCAUCACCCCUAUUUUUCACGUGGAGAAACUAAGGACGGGAGAGAAUGUCUAAGGCUACAUAGCCAGUGCAAAGUCAGUUUUCUUCUUGAAAAACCUGUUUCUAUAUCUUUUUAAAAAAUCAUACUGCAUAAAAAGAAUAGUAAAAAAAAAAUACAUGUUAAGACUUACAGGGAAACAGUCAUCAUUUCAUUUUAAUUGAGACUUGUUACUUCUUUUCAUCAUCUCUUGAAAGACUGUCUGGAAAAUAUGACUUAUCAGAAAUCUGUUGUCUGCAUGCAUGGACCUAGAGUUUUCAUCAGCUUCCUUCACCAUCUUGGGACUUUGCUAAUCCUGCCUAAUUUGGGACUGCAGGAUUAUAAUGUAAAAUAGUUCUUUAGCUCUCAGGGAUUUUGAAUGAUGUGAGUCAUUAAAAACAACCACCACCAGAAACUUGAUUUAUCACUACUGAGUAGAGCAGUCUUAACCAACAAAAACACUGCUAUCUUUAUGUUGACAUGCUCCUGCAAACGUGUGUGUGUGUGUGUGUGUGUGUGUGUGUGUGUGUGUGUAUACCACAGUGAUUUAUCUUCAUGUUGGCAUGCUCACGCAAACACAAAUGUGUGUGUAUGUGUACCAAAGUGUUUUGUGUCUUUUUUGAGACUGAGUCUAGCUCUGUUGCCAGGCUACAGUGCAGUGGCGUAAUCUCAGCUCACUGCAAUCUCCGCCUCCUGGGUUCAAGUGAUUUCCCUGCCUCAGCCUCCUGAGUAACUGGGUGUAGUGCCACCACACCCAGCUAAUUUUUGUAUUUUUAGUAGAGACAGGGUUUUACCAUGUUGGCCAGGAUGGUCUCAAACUCCUGACCUUGUGAUCCACAUACCUCUGCCUCCCAAAGUGUUGUGAUUACAGGCGUGAGCCACCACACAAGGCCACCACAGUGUUUUAUAAAGGUUUUGGAAGAAAAAAACUAUAUAGGACCCUGGGCCAGUAUAAAUACUAAUGACUGGCAGAGUUCACAAAGAUGUUCUGUGCUUCCUCAUCUGUUCAAUCCUCUGGUUGCCAGCCAGUGUUUAUUGGCCAGUAUUUGGAUAGUCAUUCAUUUAUUGUCAUUCAGUCAAUAGGUAGAGUAUAUGUGUCUAUUUUUUGGCAGGCAUAUAGAUGCCUGAGAUUAAUAAUGGAAAAAACACGAACUCUGACUUUAGUAGUGCUAAGUGAUAGCUAAUUUUUAAAAUGGCACUGUUAAAUAUAAAAUGGCAUGCAUAAUAACAGUAGCAAUGGAGAGGUUGUGAUGCUAUGAGAUACAAACAUAGAGAUGCCAUCAUAUGAAACUGGAAGUGGGGGUGGGUCGGGUCAAUUUCUGCUUGGAAAGAAAUAAUGAACUUGAUGGAAGAGAAAGCAUUGUCUCUUGUGUGAUGGAGUAUAAGGGGUGAUCCCACAAAGCACUGAAGCUCUCAGAUGGCUGGGAGCUGAAGAGGUGCAGGAGGCAUGAGUAAAGUAGUGAAAGGAUAAAAGAUUCAAGAAUGAGAUGAGGAUGGAGCAAGAAGAGGCCGCAUUAGGGACAUUAAGGCUGCUGGAAUUUAGAAAGAAAAGACACAGCCUCAAAGAAAUGUGAGUAAGCUGAAGAAGGAUUUUGUUUUGGGAACCUGAAUAAAAGGUGUCCAUUUGGCUAGAAAGGAAAAGCAGAAUCUUUUUAGAGCUUUUAAUACACCCACCCUAGGGUAUUUGGUAUGCUGUAAAUGGUAAUUCAAAGUGGGGGUUUAAGAACAAUCUUUAGGGUUUCCGAUAUUAUAGUUGAUGAUAAGGGAACACAGCCUGACCAAAGAGUCAUGUAUACACAUUCAAGGACAGAAUUUAUUUUAAUUGAAGAUAAAUUAUGGGAGAAGGAAAAACACUGCAGUUUUUACUUUUAGCAUAAUCGUUUUUCGUGGUGAUUUUGCUUUCUUAAGAAUCAUUCUUGGAAUCUUAUUAACAUGUCAGCUAACCAGAGAAUUUUGGGAAGGGAUAUUAGGGAAUUAGUAACUGGGUUUUCCCAGGCUCCAAGAUCUGAGAAGACAGAGGUCUUGUUAGCUGAUUAGUGUAGUAAGAUUAAAUAAAUCAUUUCGGCUUUAUACUGCAUCAUGUAUUAGGAUUGUGAUUAACAAUAAUAAGAGUUUUAAAGAAUGAAAAACAUAAUAUCUGUCAUGUAAGGAUGAAACAAUGGUUUAAAUAUUAAUACACGCAAAUAUUUAUAAUAUUGUAACAAAUCCUUCCAGAGGAAUUUUUUUUUUGAGCCAAAGUCUGGCUCAGUCGCCCAGGCUGGAGUGCAGUGUUGCUGUCUCCACCCACUGCUACCCCUACCUCCUGGGUUCAAGCAAUCUUCCUGCCUCAGCCAUCCAAGUAGCGGGGAUUGCAGGCAUGUACCAUUAUAUCUGGCUAAUUUUUGGAUUUUAUUGGAGACAGGGUUUCACCAUUUUGGCCAGGCUGGUCUCAAACUCCUGAUCUCAGGUCAUCCACCCACUUUGGCCUCCCAAAGUGCUAGGAUUAUAGGCAUGAUCCACUGCUCCUGGUCUUCCAGAGGAAUUUUAAGCCUAAGUCCAAAUAUUCUGUUUGUAUAAAUAUAUUCUAAUGUUUUAAAUAAAUUGUUUCUACUUUCCUGAACUUUAUAUUUUUUCUAUAUAAUGGAUUUUCAUAAUCAGAAAAGAUUAAAUUAGUAAUCGUGAAUUGCCUUUAAUAUUUGGCAGUAAGUCAAUAAAAUUAAUAAGGCACUUAUAUCCCGUCUUUGACAUCAUUAAAAGCAUCAAAUCCCAUUAAUCUAAAAGUUCUUUAAGCGUUUUGAAAGUAGAAAAUGCUUACAUGGUUCUUUCAGUUCCUCAGGCUUUUUGUCUAAUGAUGCAUGACUUACGAUAAGAUUUUAAUUCAGUGCCCAGCUUGAAACAUAAUAAUUUUUCUGUGUACGCCACAGAUCCUCUACUUCCUUGUGUUAAAGCUUUAUAUGAACCAAUUAAGGAGGAGCAUUCAAUAAUGUGUCAUUAACUGUUCAUACUAAUAAAUGGAUGCAGCACAUUUUUAUGGCCUGUAAUGUAGCACAUACUAUAUAAAGAUUACAGUUUGGGGAUGACUAGGUUUCUGGAAGGAGUAGAAUGCUAAAUCGAUGGAUGACAUUGGGCUGAAAAACAUUGCUGCUACUAAUCAGCUUUGAAUGUGUGACGUGAACAGACAAUAGAGAACUUACAUUCAGAUUUGUACAGUGCUAUAAUUGGACGUUUAAGGACUUGAAUUUUUAUACUGCGCUCCUAUAAAUUAUGUUUUCUGUAAUUGUUUUAUCUAAGGAAUAUUUGAGGUAGCAUAAAAAAAGAGAAUAAUGAACAACAAUGUCACUGGAGGCUUUUAAAAUUAAAAUAGAUCUUCUUUUAUUCUUAUACAUAGGUAAGUCCCUCCUCCUCCUCCUAUAUGAACUUUUCACAUGCUGCUGUAUGGUUUAGUGAGAGUGACAUUUUAAAGAACAUCAUGAUUGCUAAGAUAAUCCAAAGACGUCUUUUCAGAAUAAAAUGACAUGUUGAAGGUUUGUUUCUUGUAUCUAUAUUUACUGGUCCACAGCACAAAAUAAAAUGACCACAUAUACACAGGAAACUUGAAUUUGUACAUAUGUAGCAUCUGAUAUGUAUCUGAUAUUCAGCAUCAAGAUUUCACUGAACAUUGUAGAAAUGUGUAUUUUUUGCAUGUAUAUUUUACUUGAUUUUCUAUUUAUGUACAUCCAGAAAGUUUUAAGCCUAAUAAAUAGUUUUAUGAUUUUGA